CCGAGAUUUAAGCUGUCGCUCUUCUUAUAAAUAAUGAGCUGGUGUAUUAAUACAGAUGAGCUAAGUGAUGAAAGCUUUUACGGAAUUAACAUCUGGCUGGAUCAAAUAACUUUCUCACGCCCGCGAAAAAAUAUUGCCAGAGAUUUUUCUAAUGCCGUAUUUAUGGCGGAGUUGUUAAAAAAGUAUUAUCCAAGAUACGUCGAUCUUCACAAUUAUUACCACGGUAAUAGUCUCGCUAAGAAGCUUGACAAUUGGAGAACGCUUAAUAAAAAAGUUUUAUCAAGAAUAAGUCUUAAAUUGGAUGAUAAACAAAUUAACGAACUUGCUACGUGUAAAGAUAAGGCAAUCGAAAACUUGUUGUUGAAAGUUAAAAAUAAAAUUUGCUAUGACUGUAACGACGAGCGUGCGUCAUUGUACUCUGUUGAUGAGCAGGACAUCGACCGAGUCCACACAAUCUUCAAUCUAGACACCCAGAGCAAGGUCAAGCCCAAAAAAGUCAUUUUUAAGCUUAAGCGGGAGCUAGAAGAAAAAAAUGAACUUGUUGAUAAGCUUAAUGAGAAAAUUAGGCAACUAGAAUAUCUUCUUCAGCUGAAAGAACAGAAAAUUAAAGACCUUUCUGCGCAAUUAGUGAGAUUUAAGUUUGUAACGAUGAAUAAAACUCGGUGA